UGCUUCCAUUUCACCUUUAACUAAAUCAACAAUUGGCAUGUUGGUUAAUGGUUCAUUCGUAAAUGCUCUCAUUGACAGUGGUAGCACUGAUAGUUUUAUUCACCCUCAAUUGGUACAAAAACUAAACCUAACAGUUCAUAGACAAAACCAAAAACAGGUAUCUAUGGCUUCAUCAUCUUUAUCUAGUACAGUUUGUGGAGUAGUUUUUGUCAAUAUUUCAAUAAAAAAUGAGCAUUAUAAACUAGUAAAACUUAACAUCUUAAAUGAGUUAUGCAUGGUUGUUAUUCUGGGUCUCGAUUUUCAAAAACAACACAAAGCUGUAACCCUUAAGUUUGAAGGAAAAAGACCCCCACUAUUAAUUUGUGGUUUGUCGAAGUUAAAUGUAUCUCCCCCUAGUUUAUUUGGCAAUUUAUCGCCUAACUGUAAACCAAUAGCUUCAAAAUCUCGUCGAUAUAGCAAAGAAGACCAAUUAUUCAUUGAAAUGGAAGUACAACGUAUGCUUAAAGAGGACAUUAUCGAACAUUCAAAUUCUCCCUGGAGAGCUCAGGUAGUUGUAACUAAAGGAGAACGCUCUAAGAAAAGAUUAGUUAUUGACUACAGUCAAACAAUAAAUAAGUAUACUCAACUAGACGCUUACCCAUUACCAAGGAUUGAUGAUCUGGUAAACAAAAUUGCUCAAUACAAAAUAUUUAGUACAGUUGAUUUGAAAUCAGCCUACCAUCAAAUUCCAAUUACCAAAAAUGAUAGAAAAUUUACAGCUUUUGAAGCAAAUGGGAGGUUGUUCCAAUUUAAGCGAAUGCCUUUUGGAAUUGAAAAUGGGGUUGCUUGUUUUCAACGUACCAUAAACGAAUUUAUAGAAAAGGAAGGACUUUUAGAUACUUAUGCUUAUCUAGAUAAUGUGACAAUAUGUGGUAAAACCCAAGAGGAGCAUGAUCUUAAUCUGGAAAAAUUUCUCAAGUCAGCUAAAAAUAUAAAUCUUACUUAUAAUCAUGAUAAAUGUAGCUUUUCCCAAGAUAAAAUUUGCAUUCUUGGUUAUCUUAUAGAAGAAGGAAAACUCAAACCAGAUCCCAGUCGUCUUCAACCUAUGAAAGAAAUGCCUCCUCCUCAUGAUGCUAAAUCCAUGAAGCGUAUCAUCGGACUAUUCUCAUACUACUCUAAAUGGAUUCCAAACUUUUCCGAUAAGAUAGCUUCUCUUACCAAAAACACCAAGUACCCAUUAGAUCAUCAGUGUGUAAAUGAUUUCAAUCAACUCAAACAAGACAUUGCAAAUGCUGUGACAGAUUAUGUGGACGAAAAUGUUCCAUUUGAAGUAGAAACAGACGCAUCUGACAUUGCUAUAGCUGCAGUUCUUAAUCAAAAUGGCCGCCCUGUAGCUUUCUUUUCAAGAUUACUUCAAAAAUCUGAACUCAAACAUCCCUCUAUUGAGAAAGAAGCUUGCGCAAUAAUAGAAGCAGUCAGACAUUGGAAACACUACCUUACUGGACGCCAUUUUAAACUUAUUACUGAUCAGCAACCUGUAUCCUAUAUCUUCGAAAAGCAACAUAAAUCAAAGAUUAAAAAUGAUAAAAUUUAUCGAUGGAAAAUUGAACUAUCGUGCUAUAAUUAUGACAUUGUUUACAGGGAAGGGAAACUAAAUAUUCCAGCUGACUUAUUUUCUAGAAUACAUUGCUCAGCAAUAAACACUAACAACUUAAUUCAGCUUCAUCAAUCACUCUGUCAUCCUGGAGUAACUAGGUUUUAUGCUUUUAUUAAAAACCGUAAUUUACCUUUCUCAAUUGAUGAUGUUAAACGAAUAACUAAUCAGUGCAAACUAUGUUGUGAAUGUAAGCCUAGAUACUACAAACCACUAAAAUCUAAUUUGAUAAAGGCGACACAACCACUGGAACGUUUGAACUUAGAUUUUAAAGGACCUCUUCCUUUGGAAACUAAUAACAAGUAUUUUUUAACCAUAAUUGAUGAGUAUUCUCGUUUUCCUUUUGCAAUCCCGUGCCCUGAUAUUUCAGCUCAGACUGUAAUUAAGUGUUUGUCACAAGUAUUCUCAAUUUUUGGUUUGCCAAGUUACAUCCAUUCCGAUAGAGGUUCAGCCUUCAUUGGUAAAGAAUUAAAACAAUACUUACUAGAGAAAGGUAUUGCGACAAGUCAUACUACAGCAUAUAAUCCACAAGGGAAUGGACAAGCCGAAAAGUAUAAUGGAACUAUAAUGAAGUCUAUUGAGAUUGCUACUAGACAACACAAUUUACCCAUCAAAGCUUGGGAAAAAGUAUUGCCAGACGUUCUCCAUUCUAUAAGAUCCUUAGUAAAUACUAAAACAAUGGAGACACCUCAUGAAAGAAUGUUUAAGCACCUUCGUAAAACAGCCUCUGGAUGCACUUUACCUUCAUGGUUAAGUCAUCCUGGACCAAUACUAAUGAAAAGACAUUUACGUAAUAAUAAGUAUGAACCACUGGUAGACGAAGUGCAACUCAUAAAUGCUAAUCCUCUAUAUGCUCACAUAAAGUAUCCAGAUGGAAGAGAAACCACAGUUUCCCUAAGACACUUAGCUCCAACAAGUUCUGCUCCGAUCAUUGAUCAAACAAACGAUAUUGAACCUUCACCAGAGAAUGCCUUUAAUAAUAUUAAACCUUCACCAGAGAAUGCUUUUAAUAAACCUUCUUACCCCUAUAAACCAUUAACACCUGAGAAAUAUGGACUUACCAAUACCAAUCCUGAAAACUUUCCUAACCAGCCUCCCCUUUAUCAACCUCCGCCAGCUGAAAAUCUUGUCAAUGAUGCUUGUCCGAUCAAUCCAUUGUUAUUAAUAACACCUGGAAAAGACACACGUAGAUCCUCAAGAGCAAUUCGUCGACCAUUACGACUUAUAGAAGAAGAUACAUGAAAAACCUUGUUUGUAUUAUAGAGUAUUCUGUUUGUAUUAUGGCUGCAGAGAAUGUUGUGUUUUGAUUAUUUUAGAUUAUGUUUUUAUGUUUUGAUUAUUAUGAUUAUGUUUAUUUUAGAGUAGAAAAACUUAAGAAUUAAAAUAUUGUAGUUCUUUAUACAAGUGCUUCAAUCCCAUAAUUCAAGGAAAUCGCGCUUUCGAUCUUCCAAUAGUUCUUGUUCACUAUCUCCUCAGAGUAAAAGUAAAAGAAGACCAGAUUAUUGUUCUCUUUUACAAUCAGAGAAAAAUGAAACACAGAGUGAACAAUCUUGUGGAUUACAAAAAAGUAAAGAACAUUCUACUCUGGCUAUUAACAGAAAUAACUUUCAAAUGAGUGAUCAAAAAUUCCAGUAUGAAGUCAUCAUGUUACUGUGUGAAAUUAAAACAUGUUUACAAUGUCAACCCAAAAGUACAUUGUCACAUAAUUUAAGUGCGGAAAUUCCAACUCAUUUCUUGACAGUAGAAGAUUUGAAUGAAUUUAAACUUAAAAUGUUAAACAACUCUCACGUGUCGGUGGAAAGUCACCUAAAUAUAUGUUUAAGGACCUAAUUCAAAGAUUGAUGUCAAAUGAGCUUCAGACAAAAUUCAACAUGAUUGGUUUAAAUGGAAACCUUAAGUUUGAAAAUACUUUGUUGUAUAAUGUAAUAAGUAGCGAGUUUGUUUAUAGGUUGUUUUUUUUUAAAUAACAUUUUCCUAAAUAGCAUUAUUGCUGUUACAAUAUCUGGCAGACGUGUAUUUUAGACACCCCCUUUAGUAAGUUCGUAAAAAACGAACUUUAUACGAACUUUCUAAAGGGGGUGUUAUAUGUUAAACAUGUUUAACAUAUACAUUUAUUGAAAAUUAUACUUUUACCCUGAAGGCAACAAUAAAGUUUAUUUUAUUGAAAGCCAUGCCCUAAGAGUCACGGCUAGGGUUUGGUUAGGGUAUGGUUUUCAACAAUAUUUUUUUCAUUAAGACUUUUUUACAGACUUAGUAAUUAAGGGUGCCUGAAAUACACUUCUGCCCAAUACAUUAUACUAAUCUAUCUUAAUACUGCAUCCUAAUACUUUUUUUGUAUAAUUGUUUAUCUUAGAAGCAGUACUAAAUGUCUUUCCGAAUGCUACCAGCUCAAAAGUACGAAUAGAAGUGAUGAACCAUUUAAAAUAUGCUGCAGAUUGUAAAAACCGGAAAACACUUCGGACAAGCACCAGUAAUGAUGUCAUGUCUAUCAGUUCGAAUUUCGCAGAAGAAGCCAGUAAAACAUAAUUUUUAUAUAAUUUUUUCACUGAGUUUUUUUUUUUUACUUCAAUAUAAUAAAGUCUUUAUAUUUAAACAUUUCUUUUGAAUUUCUUAAACACAAUA